ACAUAUUUAUUUCAAAUUUACCGUAUUAAAUAUUAAUAAUUAUUUUCUAUUAUGAUGAAUAAUUAAAAUCAUGUAGGUUUAGAUUAAAAAACGUAUAAAAAAUUGUUGUUUCAAAAUCCCAUUACCCAGAAGAAUUUGAAGGGUACCUCGUUCAUUAAAAAGUGUUGGCUUACAGUAUUUAGGAAAAACUGUAUAAAAAAAUUAUUUAUAUUUUUCUCAAAAACAAUACAACAAUAUUAUGGAGCCUUACGAUGUUAUAGUUAAUCAACCAGUCGUAAUUGAUAAUGGCUCGGGAAUUAUUAAGGCUGGCUUUGCUGGAGAUCAGGUUCCAAAAUGCAUUUUCCCGAAUUAUUUAGGAAGGCCAAAGCAUGUAAGAGUUAUGGCUGGUGCACUCGAAGGAGAACUAUUUGUGGGUCCUAAAGCAGAAGAAUUUCGGGGUUUGCUAAACAUCCGAUAUCCUAUGGAACAUGGUAUUGUAACAGAUUGGAAUGAUAUGGAGCGAAUAUGGAGUUAUGUGUACAGCAAAGAUCAGCUUUCAACAUUUUCAGAAGAACAUCCUGUCUUAUUGACUGAAGCUCCCUUGAAUCCUAGGCGAAACCGAGAAAAGUCUGCAGAAGUUUUUUUUGAAACCUUCAAUGUUCCGGCAUUAUUUGUUUCAAUGCAAGCAGUUUUAAGCCUUUAUGCAACUGGUCGGGUUACAGGAGUUGUUUUGGACUCGGGAGAUGGCGUAACACAUGCAGUACCCAUUUAUGAAGGUUUUGCAAUGCCUCAUAGUAUUAUGCGUGUUGAUAUCGCAGGUCGUGAUGUUACCAGGUAUUUAAAGGCAUUAAUUCGCAAAGAAGGCUUUUAUUUCCGAACAACAGCUGAGUUCGAAAUUGUACGUUCCAUUAAAGAAAAAGUUUGCUACCUUUCAAAUAAUCCACUAAAAGAAGAAAAUAUGGAAACAGAUAAAUAUCUGUAUACAUUACCUGACGGUAAUACACUAGAGAUUGCCUCAGCUCGCUUUCGUGCACCGGAGAUUCUAUUCCGACCUCAUUUAAUUGGAGAAGAAUGCGAAGGUCUACAUGAAAUGUUAAUGUAUUCAAUUCAAAAGUCUGAUAUGGACUUGAGGAAAAUGCUCUAUCAGAAUAUUGUGUUGUCUGGUGGAUCAACUUUAUUCAAGGGUUUUGGUGAUAGAUUACUGUCAGAGAUAAAAAAACAUGUUGCAAAAGACACUAAAAUAAGAAUUGCUGCACCACAAGAGCGGCUAUACUCAACCUGGAUGGGUGGAUCAAUUUUAGCUUCCUUAGAUACAUUUAAGAAAAUGUGGAUAUCUAAACGGGAGUUUGAUGAAGAAGGACAACGUGCUAUACAUAGAAAGACAUUUUAAAUUACAACAUUCUUAAGAAAUCGUUCUCUUUAAAUUGACCUCUUUGUAAUUUAAUAGCUUCAAGCUUAAAAAUAUAUAAAUUAUAAAUGCUAGAAAUUAA